UGAUUAAAAUAUUAAACAGCAAGGUUUUGUUUCGAAACGCCGGUAUGUCAUUGAUUUAUUGAGUUGCAAAACUGUGUGAAUAAGCAAAGUGUUUGAAAGAAGUUUAAAGGGUAGCUGCAAUCAAUGUUUUUGAUUACAAACCUGUACUCCUGUGCCUCAGUAAACCUUAUUUUCAACUUUAGUUUUACCAUUUCAAAGGUUAUUUUAAUUCCCUUUUUGUUUUUACUAAUGAGCAUUUCCAUAUCAUGAGCAAACUGUCAUGCCAUCUCAAGAAGAAGCAUCAAUGUUAAAUUUAACUGGUUUGUACACAAAAAAGGCCUGCGUUUUAGUAGAAUUUUCUGAAGCAAGUUUUCUCUUCUUCGCGGAUUCAUUGUUGUUUGUGUGCAUAAUAAUAAUAAACCAUCAAUCCCUCUCUCAGAAAUGUUUUCAGUUAGUAAAUUUUGGGUUUAGUUUGAACAGAUGCCUAUGCACUGAAUCAUGUCUUCCCUACAUGACUUCACAUCGACAGCGCCCCCACUUGUCCAGGAAAGCACGGAUAAUUUUGACAAACUGUGCAUUUUUCAAUGCAUUUGACCAAAUAGUAGUGUGUACGAGUUUUCAAAGGCUACACUGAAGAAAAGUACAAAGAUGCAGAAAAAUUUAUGUCGAAUAAUAAUUCAUUGCGGUUACACUUUCAGUUCAGGGCCAGUUACCUUUCGUAUGAUAUAAAUCAAGCUAGAAAGAAAGUGAAACAUCACCAAGAGCGUUUGUUUUAUUCUAACUAAGAAAGAACAACACAUGUGAACCUAGCUCUCGAUGUUAGAUGUUUAAUUUCCUGGUGCAAAACAUAUAUUGAAUAUGGCAUCGGAAGGGAGAUGCGCAUUGUUACUGUUCGUCUCUAUAUUUACCAGAGCGUGCUGGGUUUCGUCGCUGGAGGUCAAGUUGUCAAGAAUAAGUCCAUACGAAAUAGAAGGAAAGGAAACAGAGUUUUACUGUAAAUUAGAAGGAGAUCAAGAAAUAGGAGAUGGAGCAACAUUCAUAAUUUGGCUUCUCGACAACGCAAAGCAGUCUGAGGUACAAGGGGUUCGACGGAGUCAUCUACGUCUCAAGCUGAACAGAAACCAUACAGGGUCGACGUUGAAGUGUCUAGAGCACCCGAGUCAGAUAAACGACACAUUAAAGCUCGACGUACGAGUUCCCCCUUAUAGUGUCACCCUGGACGUGAACUCUACCCAGGCCUGUGCAAGUGACACGGGCUGCAGCGCGGUGGUAAAGAUCGGGCGUUACUACCGAUUCACCUGCAACGCGUCUGGUUCGAAUCCAGCCAGUAACAUCACGUGGCUGAUCACUACAAAAGGCCAACGGGGAAUGGAACAGAGAAAGGUUCCUGCAGAUUGGAGUCAGUCACGCCAGGAUGAGAGCAUGGAUUGGGACACAUCGAGCCAAAUCAACCUGCAGAUACCCAAUAGCAUUACCAGAAUUACAUGCAGAGUGUUCCCAGAUGACACAUUCAAAGAGAUCUCUAUGAAACUGGUGGUCAACAAUCAUCAUGAUGAGUUCAGACGAGGAAAACUCUUGUUUAUCAUCGUACCGAGUUCAGUGGUUGUUCUUAUGACCGUUGUCAUGGCAUUUAGUUGUAUACUGCGAUCAAUCGCCAGACACAAGAGGACGCAAGAAGCAAGAAAGGAAUCCGAAUAUGGAACCAUUGAAGAUUUCGAGUUUCCUCGAGGCAAGAUCACGCUUAUUGAAGUGAUUGGAAGUGGACAUUUCGGUCAGGUCUUCAAGGCAACUGCAGAUGGGAUACUGAAAGAAGGGGUCGAGUCAGAGGUUGCUGUCAAAGUACUGAAAAAGUCGGCAACGGAUGUGGCUGCUAAUGAUUUCAAAAAGGAAAUUGCUAUCCACAAAAAUCUGAAGAACCAUCCCAACGUAGUGUCUAUGCUAGGGUGCUGCACUGAGUUGGAACCACUCUUCAUCAUCCUGGAGUACCUACCAGGAGGAAAUCUCCAGAGCUUCUUGAGGAACAAGAAGGAGGCGUGGCCACAAGCGGCCAUGGAGGGAGCAGAACUCGUCUCCUCGUCUCAGCUUUUGGCGUUUGCAUCUCAGAUUGCUACUGGCAUGGAAUGCCUCUCAUCCAUCGGGUUCAUUCACCGAGAUCUGGCAGCCCGUAACAUCCUCCUCGAUGAGGACCUGGUCUGCAAAUUGUCUGACUUUGGCCUGGCACGAGACGUGUCUGGGAUCGAACAAUACGAGAUGACAUCCAUGGGAAUGAUUCCUGUUCGAUGGAUGGCGAUCGAGAGUCUGGUUGACAAUGUGUACACCACCAAGAGCGAUGUGUGGUCAUUCGGGGUCUUGCUGUGGGAGAUAAUUACACUAGGUGCCCAUCCCUACCGUGGAAUGCAUCCUCAUGACGUUAUUGACUCCAUAAAGCGUGGCUUUAGGUUACCAACUCCCAGCCACUGCAGCGACCAACUUUACGAGGUAAUGGAAGAGGCAUGGCGGGAAACCCCCAGCGAACGGCCGGCUUUUAGCAGCCUGAGAGAGACCAUUGACGCAAUGAUCCCGGAUGCUACGAUUUAUUUGGAUAUGCCACACUUCGUAGCGGAUAAAUACACAUGAGGUCAGCACGAGGAGAUGACGAUCAAGCUCAUCCUUCCACCAAAUCUCUUGUGGUGAACUAAGCUUGUAGCAUGAAAUAUAGGUUUGUGGGUACACCGUGGAAUACGGUAAAUCUCUUUUUGGAAGAGGUGUGGUUCUUAGAAGAACCGGUGGGUGUUAACUCGACGUGUCGGCCAGGAUGCUUUGGCCGUCCUCAGGAGAGUGUGUCCUUCAGGAGAAACGUCGAGAUAACACUCACCGGUUCUUCUAAGAGCCACACCUUUUCCAAAAAGAGAUUGAUUCCAUGGUGUACCCACAAGCCUGUAUCUUAUGUUACUUCCACCGUGCAAAGCUUCAAAUCUUAGCACUUUCUCAAAUGGCUGUGUGCCAAAACACUUGUUAUCAGGACAUGUCACAAACCGCUGGCUUCUAUGCACGCUGGCGUUUUUCUGGUCGAUUCCAGUUUAUAUAAGAAAUAAUGAGUAGCUUUUAAGAAACUUGUCGAAGAAAAUGCAAAUGUUAGAACAUCAAGUGCAAAACAUGUGAAAAUAAACUAAGAAUAAACGAAACUUAACGUGCUAUGCAUCAACCUCACAAUGUAACCGAACAGGAAACAUUUUGACAAAGUAACAGAAUAGACCGAUUUGAAGAAAAACAAUCAUCAAAUUGGAGCUUUUUUCAUUUUUGCCAGCUGAAAAAUUCCAAUCGCAUACAUGACAAGUAUUUCACAGGUACUUUUUUAACGGAUAAGGCUACGUUCAUUCAAAAGCAAAUUACUGAUGUAAAAACGUACUAAUCGACGCAUUCUAAUCGGAAUAUCUAACAACUAACGAAUGUAGAUUUAUCCAUAAUCCAAUGUGUGCUAUCUCUAAGUCUCGGAAGACUAACUUAUGAACUAGUUGAGG